AUGCUCACCAAGGCUGUUUACGCUUCGACGCUGCUGUCAGCGCUCGCUGUCGCUGCUCCCGCGCCUCAGGUGCCUGGAUACUCUGAUGCUGACUUCCCCGUCACCGUCAGCGCGCCGACUGGUGCACCAGCAUCAAGCUUUGGUCCGGACUCCCAGAUCAAUGCUGUUGUCACCACACCUGCAUCAGCGCCCCCGCGAAGGAGUUCCGAUGUAACCGGUGCCACUAGCCAUGGUCCAUUCUCCGGCACUCCUACAACCACCGGAGCCGAGAAGGCACCCACGACUAUCGGAACGGCCAUUGCGCCUCUACCACCGAAUCCGACGGCCACGUACUACAAUGCCGAUGGCAAGCUCCAGAACCCUGCACCAAUUCCGUACACGCCUAAUGGCGGUCUCGGAACCAACGGCACUGAACCGCGCUAUAUGGUGAACAGCGACUUCGACUUUGAGUCAAUCGCACUUGGCUUGUACCAAGAAUGGAUCGAGCUCGAUCUCUUCAACAACGGUCUCGCCGUCUUCUCAGAGGAGGACUUCCUUGAAGCUGGCCUAACCGCCGAAGAUCGCUCAUACAUCGCUUUCAUGGCGAUCCAAGAGACCGGCCAUGCUACUCUACUCAGUAACAUGCUCGGCGAGGCUGCUCCUCCACAGUGCACAUACAACUACCCCUACCGCACCGUCCGCGAGUUCAUCGACUUCAACCAAAAGCUCACUCGUUGGGGCGAGUCUGGCGUCUGGGGUUUCAUCAACCACCUUGACAGCCGCGAGGUCGGCCAGCUCCUCUCGCAGUCCAUUGCCACCGAAGCCCGUCAGCAGAUGUCCUUCCGCCAGAUGCUUGGCCUACACCCCAUGCCGGUGUGGUUCGAGACUGGCAUUCCGCAAUCGUGGGCGUGGUCCUACCUUGCACCUUACAUCAGCUCCUGCCCGGAGAACACCACGCGUCUCGCAUGGCAGAACUUCCCCGCAUUGCACGUUGUGAACCAGGCGAACCCGAACCGCUUUUCGCCCAAUGAUACAGCAGACUACGAAGUUGUCGGUAACCGUACCGCGGAUCCCGCCCGCUCUGAUAUCCCCGCCGAUGAGUCCUGCGUUAACCUCAACACAACCGGCUACGCUUGCGGCCCUGCUAUCGCACACAAUCGAUCCGAGCCUCUCUCGUUUCCUGGUAAACAAGUCAACCUCACCUGGGACGCGCCAGGGCAGGCUGUCGGGCCUAACAACUCGUAUGUAACCGCCACUUCUGCCGGCCAGCCGCAAUUCGUCGCGUGGGUCGCACAGCUGAACUUGACAUACACGCCUUUGACCAUCACUGGUGAAAACAGUGGAUACACAUAUCAACCCGCGAGCGAAGUGUACGAGGGUGAUCCCGCUAUGAACGGGACGGCAUUCAUUGCGAUUACGGACUCGGAUCUUUUCCUCACGCCAUUCAACUUGUCGAUGAUCAACCCUCACGUGGUUGCGCUUGGUCUCUACCAAGCAGGCUAA